CGUAGUCAUAAUCACUGCGGCCGCCGUCGUCGUAUUCGACGAGAAUCCGCUGCUCCUUUACCGAUCGCGCGAUCGUUGCGCCGCCGAUCCUCAUUGAGAAGCUCGCGGUGGAGAAGGAAAGUGCGCUUUUUGUUCGCUGCCGUUUCGCGCGGUUGUUCGUAAUUUGUCAUUAGAGAGUGUUCCACAGUUUUGUUGAAAGCGGGACUAAAGGAUAUCACUGACUGCCCGUGCAGGAGGAGAGGUGAAGUGAGUUGUGAGUAGACUGACAUACGGAUUACGAGGAAAUCAACGAAAAGGGCUGAUUGGUGGUUUAGGGGAUACUUAAUCGCCCCGAUUGGUUAGUCAAAUGGGGAACUGGUUGUACGUGAUGAAUAUUCUGACGCUGGCUGUGGCAGCUGGCGGGAAUAGAGAACACAAGGUCCACAACAUAGUGCUGUACCCCGAUAAACACUCGUGGUGUUCCACGCGUAACAUCAGCCAGGUGAUUAGUUAUCCUGGCUGCAAUCAGGUGACAAUCGACAACAACGUCUGUGUGGGCGCUUGUUUCAGCUAUUCGAUCCCACACACCGAGCCGUCGGACCCGGGUGAGGUCAUUGGACCGUACUGUGAUAGCUGCCAACCGUCGGAGACGUCGUGGCAUCAUGUCACCUUGGAUUGUUCGGAAAAUUUCAACACCAACGGAGACGAGGAGGCGAAGCCCACCAUCCUGGUGAAGCGCGUUCAAAUUAUCAAAAAUUGCUCCUGUACGUCGUGCGAGAAGCAAACGACCCACAAAAAGAACCACCACCACAACCAUCAGGAGCACAACCAGUUCGUGCAGGUGCCAUCGACGACGGCAUCACUGAUACAGAACGACAUUCCUGAGCUGCUCGAGGUGGUGCCGUACACCGAGAACGACACCGAACCGAUUCACCAUUCGCCGGUUCAUUCCCACCAGAGUGGAACCCACGGUACGACCUAUCUGCAGCAGCACCAGCUGAAUCAUUACGAGCACAACAGCCACACGGAUAAUGUGAAAAAGCUACUGCAUCAGAAGAUUAGCGGACUUCUGAAGAGCAUCGAGGAAACCAACUCCAAGCAGGAUCGCGAACAGUUAGUCGAAAUGAUCAAGCUGAUAAAGGGUUCCAGCGAUCGCAACUGGGAUGAUUUGGUUGAAUCACUUCAAUCGGAAAACACUAUCCUAGACUUUGAACGCUUGCGCAACGAACUAGAGAUCGAGGAGGACCCGGAAUUUUACCCGAAACCUGGUAGUCCCGAGCAGGAAGAUCACGAACGUCUGUUGAAACAUCAAUUUGACAUCCUAAACCAUCAUCCGCAUCACCAAGCGACCAGCCAGCAUCCGCCAUCUGCCGCACAUCAUCACGCGGCGGGAGAGAAGCUGGACCAGCAUCACCAUCUGGCACGGGGACCGCACGGAGCGUUGGUCAUUACCGCCGAUGAGGAUGACGAUGACGAUGACGCUCGGUUGAAUCACGGACACGAGAUUAAGGAAAAAAUCAACAUUCAUCCACACGAGCUAAAACCGAAUCACGCCGGAGCGAUCCUGACGUACGAUAAUCACCACAGCGAACAUCCGGGUGGUACUGGCGGUGGAGCCGCCCAUCAUCAUCAUCACCAGCAUCAUCAGCACGGCGGUGACAGCAGUGAGCAGUCGAACUGAGUGGACGCGCGACGGCCGAAAGUUUUAUAUUGUUUUAGGUUUCUAGUCGUUAGUGAUUUUUUCGGUCCGAUUGCAGCAGUCCUGGCACUAAUUUUUGUCCUACCUUUUUUCUAACCAACACCAAACACCACCACCACUAAUUUCUUUAUUCGACAAUCGAAACGAUCUUUUGGGAGAUGAUAGGUGUUGCUUUUUAUGGCCUGCGAGCGCUCAGAUCUGAGGUGUCCGAGCAUCAGGGCGCGCACGUGUGGUGAUUUGCUCCAUCAUUAUUAGCCACACUUCUAGUGAGGUGUUGUAUUUUACAAGCGUAUAUUUACCCUCUCCCUCUCUCAUAGAUGAUGUUUUAUUGCUUUAUGGUUAGUAUAUUUAUUAUUUUUUUCUUUCUGCUCGAAAGCUGGUCUACGCAGAAGUGAUGGGAAUCGCAGAAGAGUAGUGAAUAAAAUUGAAACCUCAACGUGUUUGAGAAUUACGGUUAUUGUUGUAGGGCGGAAGCUUCGAUAGGAAUGGUAUAGCGAUGUUGACGGGGAAGUUUCAUGCGCUUGUUUCGGCCCCUUAAUAAAAGUCUGUUCCGGCAAACUUUAAAUCAAUUUAAGCAGCAUUAUAUCCCAGUGAAAUAAAUUUAGAGACCUUAAAGGAUACUACUAUA